CAUAUUAACCCCAUUGUCGUGCCGUGUAUCAAACGGAAAAAAGCCAUUUUAGCUGCGACACGUCACCGGUCCGGAACCAAAAAAACCGAUCCAUUUUACCAGAAAAAAGCCAUUAUAAAAGACCAGUUUGAAGCACGCCCGGUUUGGUCUGCGAAAGAAGUACCGGCUCAUUAAGCUUUCUUCACUGACUUUCCCUUUUGCCAAACAGCCCCGUUUCGUCUCGCCGGUCACCAAAAUUCUUUCAAUUUGAUGGUUCGGAAUUCGGAAUUAGGAAUUCAAUUCUGUUCGUUUGGGUCUUGAUUUCGUUUGCGAAUUUUAUUUUGAAAUGCCACGGCAGUGCCGUGCUUCGUUUGGAAAGCUGAGAGCUUGGUGUACGGACUAGGGUUUUGACAGGCGGAGCAAAAAAAUUGAGAAAAAAAAGGUGGUUAUGCCGAGUCAUAAGGAUUCUAGGGUAGAUCAAUUUGGGGAAUCAAUGUUGAAUUUCAAGCCCCAGGUUGACCCGGAUACGUGCUCGAGGUCGAUCAGCGAGACGGUGAAUGGGUCGCACCGGUUUGAGAUAAAGGGGUAUUCUUUGGCCAAGGGGAUGGGUGCUGGAAAGUACAUAAUGAGCGAUACUUUUACGGUCGGAGGGUACGAUUGGGCAAUUUACUUUUACCCUGACGGGAAGAACCCGGAAGAUAGCUCUAUGUACGUUUCGGUUUUCAUUGCGCUGGCGAGCGAAGGAACUGACGUGAGGGCUUUAUUCGAGCUGACGUUGGUGGACCAGGCCAAGAACGGAAAGGACAAGGUUCACAGUCAUUUUGAUCGAGCUCUGGAGAGUGGACCUUACACGCUGAAGUAUAGAGGCAGCAUGUGGGGAUACAAGCGUUUCUUUAGAAGAGCAGCUUUAGAAACAUCUGAUUAUCUAAAGGAUGAUUGCCUUGUGAUGAACUGCACUGUUGGAGUUGUCAGAACUCGACUUGAGGGACCAAAACAGUUUACUGUUCCAGUGCCGCCUUCAGACAUGGGUCAAGGUCUUAAGGAUUUGCUAGAUUCUGAAGUUGGUUGUGACAUAGUUUUUCAGGUUGGUGAUGAAAAUUUUAAAGCUCAUAAGUUGAUACUUGCUGCUCGCUCUCCUGUUUUUAGAGCACAAUUUUUUGGACUUGUUGGGGAUCCUAACAUGGAUAAAGUAGAAGUGAAGGAUGUUGAGCCCUUCAUUUUCAAGGCGAUGCUCCUUUUUAUGUACACUGACAAACUUCCUGAUGUAUGUGAAGUUAUGGGCUCAUCAUCUAUGUGCACGUUCACCGUCAUGGUGCAGCAUCUUUUGGCUGCUGCUGACUUGUAUAAUCUAGAUCGACUAAAAUUGUUAUGUGAAUCAAAAUUGUGUGAAGAAAUCAAUACUGAAACAGUGGCAACCACACUUGCGCUAGCUGAGCAACAUCAUUGUCCGCAGCUCAAGGCCAUGUGUCUAAAAUUUGCGGCAAAUCCAGCAAACUUGGGAGCGGUAAUGCAAUCGGAAGGAUUCAGGCAUUUGGAAGAGAGCUGCCCCUCAAUGUUGUCGGAGCUCUUGAAGACAUUUGCAUCAGUGGAUGAGAAUUCAAUUCUGCUUUCGAGUAGGAAGAGGAGCAGCAGCAGUGUAUAUGGGCUAGAUCUGCCAGCAGAUGGCGGUGGGACUGCUGCAGAAUCAGUGAAUCCCAAUGGCAGGCGUGUGAGGCGGCGGUUUUAGUUUACGUAGUUGCUCUUAGGUGUCGCAAACCUGGAAGGCACUGUUACUUGAACAAACCCUGUAAUUAUGGCUAGCUGGGCAAUAUUUGCCAGCCUUAAUGAUCCUUGGUACUGUGCCCUUGUAAAAAUGUUUCUGUGCCUUGACAAAGGCUGAUGUUUGUUAGUUAGGUUACUGGAAUCCACUUCUUGGCACCAGAAUCUGAAUGUGAAGGGUUUGAUCUUACCUAGAAAUUCAAAGUUAGAGACAGUCAACCUGGAAUGCCAUAAAAAGCUAUUCCAGGGAGAUAACAAUGUUUCUAAUUCUUCAACCAGGCAACAGAGCGAUUUGAUUUCCUCACAA